AAACCGGCCAUCCCUCGACGCUUACCAUUUCGGAUUCUCUGCGCUUGUUGGAGAGAAGAGGCGACGACGGAGACGUAUUGCUACAAGAUUUCGAUCGAUUUCUUCAUCGAUUAGGGUUUUUGACGCAGAUCGAUCCCUGCUUCUACCUUCUGCUCCGUCUCGCAGCAAGGGCGGGCGAAUUUUAGGGGACUGGGUUGACGGGCUUCUGGUAUUCGGGGAUGAAUCGGCGGUUGUCGUUGUCAUCGUCGGCCUCGGUGAAGAGGCCAGCGGCGUCGGAUAACCCUGCCAAGUUGCCGGCAGCUGUUGCAGAGCAAGCCAAAAAGAGGGUUGCGCUUGGGAAUAUCACCAACAAGAACAAUGUGGGAAAGAACCCUAACCGGACGAUUGGAGCUAAAGGGGGAAAUAAACCUAAUGCAGCAAGUUCAGCUUCAAAUAUAAAGAAGAGACCUACAACUAGUAAUCGUGAUACAAGAUCAAGUGCAAUUUCUUCAUUUACGCCAGUUGUCAGAACAGAUGCCAUUGUGGCUAACAUUAAAAAUUCAGUCCUAGUAAACAAUGAGGCAAAACUUGCUACUUGCCUUGCUCCCAACAGUACACUUAAAUCACCUAGUUCCUCAAGAGAUUCUGUUUCCUUGGAUGAAACAAUGUCAAGCUGUGACUCCAUGAAAAGUCCUGAUUUUGAGUAUGUAGACAAUGGAGACUCUCAAGCUAUUGCCACAUUGGAGAGGAGAGCCAAAGAAAAUCUGCUCAUUUCUGAGCGGGCAGAGGAAACUGGAUUCAAAUGGAAGACUGAUGUUUCCACACCCAUGGAAGUUGACGAUUUCAUUGAUGUUGACGCAAAUCAUAAUAAUCCACAGUUUUGCACCACACUUGCUUGUGAUAUUUACAAACAUUUACGCAUAGCUGAGACUAAGAAAAGGCCUUCCACGGAUUUCAUGGAAAUGAUCCAGAAGGACAUUAAUGCUAGCAUGCGUUCAAUUCUAGUAGAUUGGCUAGUGGAGGUUGCAGAAGAAUAUCGACUUGUCCCUGAUACAUUGUAUUUGACUGUCAAUUACAUUGAUCGGUAUCUUUCGGGAAAUGAGAUCAACCGCCAACGGCUACAACUUCUUGGUGUUGCUUGUAUGCUUAUUGCUUCAAAAUAUGAGGAGAUCUGUGCCCCACAAGUUGAAGAAUUUUGCUACAUAACAGAUAACACAUAUUUCAAGGACGAGGUUUUGCAAAUGGAAACCGAAGUUUUGAAGUAUCUGAAGUUUGAAAUGACAGCACCAACUGCCAAGUGUUUCUUGAGGAGAUUCAUCCGUGCUGCUCAAGUGUCUGAUGAGGUUCCUGCAAUGCAAAUCGAGUUUCUAGCCAAUUAUGUCGCAGAGCUAUCGCUUCUUGAGUACAACUUCCUUUGCUAUGCCCCGUCAUUAGUAGCAGCUUCGGCUAUCUUUUUGGCAAAUUUCAUUCUGCAACCAACGAAGAGGCCUUGGAAUGCGACACUAGGCCACUACACGCUAUACAAACCAUCUGAUCUCUCAAGCUGUGUGAAGGCAUUGCACAGCCUUCUCUGUGCAAGCGCCGGCAGCAACCUACCUGCGAUCAGAGAGAAGUACAGUCAGCACAAGUACAAGUUUGUUGCCAAGAAGAAUUGCCCUGCUUCCAUACCUCCAGAAUUUUUCCAGGAUUAGUGAAUUCGCUGACUUGAUGAUUCUACAAUCUGCAUGGCAACUGGUUGAAGAUUCUACCAUAAUCAAGAAAUAUAAUUCUUGAAUUUUUCUUUCAGUGUAUUCAGCUGAAAAGCCGUUUCAUUCCCCGUAGCAUGUGCUUGCAUAAUGUGCCGCUGAUUCACAUUGCAAUUAUUCAUUGCAAACGUUGACUAAGGUAGGGUUAUAGAAGAGAGGGUGAAGUGAUCAACAGCUGAAUCCUUUGGUGUGUGAAUGACUAAACGUGAUCCAAGUUCUAUCUACUCGUGUGUUUCCAAUAUUUCUCUCAAUUUUUUUUAGUGUAGUUUUCUAUCAUGGCUCA